AUGGGCCCCCCGGCGGCCCUCAUCAGUCACCUCCAGACCGCUGGGAUACGUGCUCUGGAACUGCUGGCGCUGCGGCAGUCGAUCAUCUCGGGGGUGCCGCCGUGCCCGGCAGUGUCGCUGGCGUGCCCGCUGGCGAACCUGACCUGCCCGCCGCAGGUCUGCCCGGCGCUGACGUGCGCGCCGCCGCCCUGCCCUCCUCCAGUGUGCCCGGCGCCGCUGGGGGAGUGGUGCGCUGACUUGGCGGUCGGCACGCUGGUCCGGGUCUCCUACGCCGGGGAGACCAUGGACCACACGAGGGUCGUGCUGUGGCCCAGCCGCCGCAUGGACCAGAGGCGACGAGUCCGAGGGCGACACGCCUACUGGGUGCUCUCCGCGGACGGCGACGUCUGGGAGGAGGACCUGAGCGGGAGGAAUGCAGCGACUGGGCCGUCGGGCGGGUCGCUGCUGGACCAGGCGACGGGGAACCCGCCCGACGGCCGCCGCCUCUAUCGGUUCCGUGCGCGGCCCAGCCUGGACGAGGUUGUGGAGCUGGCGGCGGAGUGUCGGGCCACUAUGCUCAGGCGUGGGCAGGCCGAGGCGGAGGGGCCGACGAGAGUGGUGCUGGCCGACGGGGCGGUGCGCCCCGGCCACGACUACUUCCCGUGGCUGGUGGCCCCGCGCCCGUGGGUGCUGACGGAGCCGCUCCCUGGCAUGCCCAUCGGGACCGUGGUGGAUCCGCUCCCGGUGGGGGCGCUGCGCGACGGGAGCCGGGCCCUCGGCCUGCUCCCGAGCUGCGGCCGCUGGGCGAGGCUCGAGCAGGUGGACGAGGGCCAGAUCGUCGAGUGGGCUGCCAAGAGGACGAAGGAGCUGCUGCUCGACCUCGGCGCGGAGCCCGACGCCAUGGGCGCCGCCGAGCCGGUCGGCGGGACUGAGACCCCUCCGCUGCGCGAGGGUCGCUCGUCUGGAGGCGACCGCCUAGGCGAGAAGCUGGGGCUGACCGCGGAGGAGCCCGCCGAGUCGGCCGCAGGGAAGGACGACGCCAGCGGCGACGCGCGCACGCUGUGGGUCGACUGGGACGAGCAGGGCGAACGCAGGAAGGAGUUCAAGCGGGCGGUGGCUGAGAGCUCGGAUGUGAAGUGGGACCAUCACAGGCUGCCCGCCGACCGCACUUGCCUCCACACGUGCAAGAUGAUGGUGAACUUGAGUGGGUCCCCGCGCGCGUGGCUGGAGCGCUUUCUCAGGGAAAAGGGGAUAGCUUCUACGGAUCGAGUUGCGCACGAACUCCGAGUGUUGUGCGACAUCCUGGAGGAAGCAGGCGAGUUUGACCAGAUCAAUCUCGGAGGACUGGCCUGCUUGGAAGUGGCCGCCCUCCGGCUGAACCUGCUGGUGGACGCGCACAAGAGCGGGCCGGCCUCGUACUCGAACGCGAAGUACCUCUCGCCGCUGACCGACGUGGACCAGUUGAUGGCUCCUGGCUUGCGGUCUCACGUGUCGAGGCGCGCCAAGGAGGAGUACGAGCUGAUGCAGGGCGACAGGAAGGCCGAGGGGGCCGAUGACUCGGCCAAGGGUGGCAAGGGCGGCGGCGGGGGCAUGACGGACCAGUCUCAGCCGGCGGAGUGGGCCCCUGCCGGCUGGGCUAACACAUCGGCCCGGCGAGCGCCGCUGGCCCUGGCGAGCGGGGAUAGGGACCUCUUCCCCCUCCCUCGCCUGGCCAGGCCGCCCGCCAGCAGGGGCGGCAGCCGCGCCCGGAUUGCUGGCGCUCGGCGGCGGCGCGAGCACGAAUUGGUGAACGGCGCGAUCGACUCUCUCAACUGGCUUGCUGGAUGGGAGCCUGACGACGUGGGCCCGCCGCGCUCCCUGGACGCCAUGGGGGGCAAGCAUGCUGGGAUCGUGCAGUGGGUGGCCAGCGAAGCUCUUCGGCGCCAAGCCGCAGCUCCCAGCCCCUGUCCGUCCCAAGAGGCAUCGCUCAGUGCGUUGCUCAAGGGGUGCUCGAUCUACGACACGUCGGGCUCCCCGAGGAACCUGGCCUCCUUCGUCCGCGAGCGCGUGUCCUUGCCCCCUUCGGUUGUCGGCUGCCUCCAGGUGGACGAUAUCGUGGGCGAGGCCGGCCGCACCUACCUGAAGGAGAAUCAAAAGCGUAUGAGGCGGCCGAUCGAGGAGAUCGAUUUUGACAGCUUGCCGACUCCCUAUUUUGACCCGCUGCUGAAGCGGAACAAGAAGAUGUACCACAACUUUUUGAAGGAUCUCUCGUCCCGCGGGCUCUUGCUCGCCACCUUGUCUCCCGCAGAGCAGGCUGGCCUGUUCUUCGUGAAGAAGGCCGACAGCGACAAGAUGCGCAUGAUCGUGGAUGCGCGCCGGGCGAACGCUUGGUUCGGCGUGCCCCCCAGCGUCCAGCUCCUGUCGUGCGAGGGGUUCGGCAGGGUGGAGGUGAAGCUCCCAGAGGGCGUCGCCUUCGGCUCGGCGCGGGGAGAGGAGCUGCUGAACGGCUUCAAGCUCUUCUUGGGCAUGACGGACGUCAAGGACUGCUUCUACAGGAUGCGCAUCCCGGUGAGCCUGGCGAAGUUCUUCUCGCUGCCCGCCGCCCCGGCUCACGUCCUGGGCCUGGAGGGGCACGAGCUGGAGGGGACGAGGCUGGGCUGCGACACCCUCGUCUUCCCCUGCAUCGGGGCUCUCCCCAUGGGAUUCUCUUGGUCCCUUUUCCUCGCCCAAGACGCGAACGAGGAGAGGGUCGUCCGGUCUGAUCCGUGGCCAGGGGGAGACACGGCAGUCUCGGAGCGGGUCCUGAUGAGUGAUCGCGGACCGCCGCUCGUCGUGGAGGUUGAGCCCGGGCUGCACGGGGGUGCCUACGUGUACGUCGACAACAUGGGGGUGCUCGCCCCCUCGGAGGGCCUCGCCAAGAGCGCCCUCGAGAGCUGGACUGGUCUCUUCGAGGGGGUCGGCCUUGACUUGCACAAGAGCUCGGUGGGCUCGGGCGCGUGCGAGGCGCUCGGGACCAAGCUUGACCUCGAGCUGAUGAGGUCGGGCGUGAGCGACGGACGGUUCUGGAAGGUGUACCUGGGACUGGGGGGCCUGCUAGCCCGCGGCCGAGCGACAGGGCGCGCCUUGGAGGUGGUGCUGGGCCACUGCACCUUCUGCGGGCUGGCCCUCCGAGGGUCUCUGAGUUGCUGGCACGCCUCGUACCGCUUCAUCCAGCGGCACUACCUGGAGCCCGCCCGGCUGUGGGCAGAAGUCGUGAAGGAGAUCAAGAUGUUCCGCGGGCUGCUCACCCUGAUGGUUCAGGACUGGUGGCGGCCAUGGAACUGCUGCGUGCUCCAGACCGACGCGAGCGAGAGCGGCUGGGGCAUGGCGCAGUCGUUCUGGCCGCAGCACGUGGUGGAGCAGGUUGGCCGGCUGCCUGAGCGAGCCCGUUUUCGUUCGGCGCUGGGCAGACCGGCGCGAGAGAGCGCGCUCGCUGCCGCCAACCUUGCUUGGGACAGCUCGGGCGCCCUGUGCAGUUUUGAGGACAGGAAGAAUCCUGACUCUCUUGCGUCUGACCCCCUGUCCUCGUGGGAGCUCGACCCCGGGUUCGCUGAAGUGCCCUGGCAGUGGCUCCGAAAGGGGGCCUGGGAGACCGUCCGGUCCGGGGUCUGGCGUUUUGCUGAGGACAUCCUGAUCCUUGAAGCCAGGGCCCUCGUAAAAUCGAUCCAGCGGCUGGCAAAGACCGCGCACGGGGUCUGUGUGCGACAGCUCUUUCUGUCCGACAAUAUGUCUGUGGUGCUAUCCUUUUCCAGGGCUCGUUCGUCCCGCUUCAGCUUGCUGGUUCAGAUCCGUCGAUUCUACGCCUAUGCGAUUGCGUUGGGGAUUACGCCCGCUAUUCGAUGGGCUCGGGUGCUGGCCGAGCCGGUGCCGCAGGCGCGGACGCCCCCCCAGCGGGCAGGCGCUCGGCGGCCGGCCGCACGGACUCGUGCGCUGGCAGGCGCGGCAGCGCAGGCGGGCUCGCGCUCGGACCCGAGCGGUGCGAGGGCGAUCGCCAGCCCCGGGGCGCUGGGCCGGACGCGGGUGCUGGUGCCGGCCCCCCUCUUGCCUUCAAGGAAGAGGGCCAGCCAGGCUGGACGGCAUCUCUCGGCCCUCGACGAGAGGGACGCGAACGGGCUGGACCUCGCUGGAGACGCCGGGGAGGACGCCGAGGGCGACAGCAGCUCCAGCGGCUCCGACUCGGUGGUGGAGCAGCUGGGGCGGACUCGGGCCCGAAUGCGGCAGCUGCGCGCGCGGAGGGCGCACCGGCGGGCGAAGCUGUACGCCGAUGCUAUCCUGGCGGCGCAGGGCGAGGGCGUGAGCCUCCUGGAGACCUUGGCGGUGACCCAGGCGACGCAGGUGAGGUACCAGCGAUAUCUCGAUCGUUUCUACUCUCGUGCCGGCCUGAGCCGGAGGGAGAUCCUGGCGAAGCCGGACACGGAGAUCGACGAGCUCAUGUGCAAUUACAUGACCGAGAAAUACUUGCAGGGCGAGCAGAGCAACUACGGAGACCAGACGGUCGCGGCCUGGGUCAGCGCGAACCCGGACUUCGGGCGCGUGGGAGGUCGCAAGCUGCCGCGGACCUGGCGGGCGCUGAAGGCCUGGCGCAGGCUGACUCCGGGCAGGCGGCGGAAGGCCCUUGCCCUUCCGGUCUGGUGCGGGCUGGCCUGGAGGCUGGCGCAGCGAGGACACCUACGCCUGGGCAUCUUCUUGAUGAUAGGCGUAUCGAUCUAUGGUCGGCCCUCGACUUUGCUGGCCGCCCGGCGGUGCGACCUCGUGCCUCCGUCCCCUGGUGUCAGCCGGCACUGGGCUCUGUUGACCCACCCGCUGGAGCGGAAGAGGCCGAGCAAGCGUGGGCACUUCGACGAGGGCUGCCCCCUGGACUCGCCGUACCUCCAGGGCUUAGACGAGGUGUUCGGGCGGCUGGCCUCGACGACGUCGAAGGAGCCGCUGUGGAACUUCAGCUACCCCGAGGCAGCGACGCUGCUCAAGGAGGCGGCAGAGGACCUCGGGGUGGCCCCAGUGACAUUGUACCAGAUGAGACACUCGGGCGCCAGCAUCGACCUGGCGAAGGGCUGGCGCAGUCUGACCUCGGCUCAGCGACGCGGGGAGUGGACGCAGGCGAAGUCAAUGCACCGCUACGAGCACAGCAGCAGGCUCGGCAGCGACUAUGCAAAGCUCGACCCCCGGCUGCGCGCGACGUGCGAGGAGGCGGAGAGGCAGCUGGCGCUCAUCCUGACGGGCCAGUACCUCGGCGAUCUUUUCGCAGGCUGCCGAGCUGUGUCUCGGGCGGCCGAGGCCGAGGGCUUCCGUGCGAGAAGUUGGGACGUCAUCUAUGAUGCAGAGUGGCAGGAUUUGUUGUCGCCGGCCGUGCUGCGGGCGAUCAAAUCUGACGCUCGAGCUGGCCGGCUGGUGGCCGCGGCAAUGGCCCCUCCAUGCCAGACUUUUUCCCUCGCGCACGACAGGUCGAGGCCGGUGCGCAGCCGCGAGAAGCCAUGGGGCUUCCCUGCCUCCGAGCUGACGCCUGCCGAUGCCGAAGCAGUGGAAUUAGGCAACCGCCUCGCUCGGGUUGCGCUUUCCCUCUUCAGAUUCUUUUUGAAGCUGGGGGCCACGGUCAGAUCGGUGACGCGCUACGACGGGCUCAGGAACACCGACGGCUUCGUUAUGCGCGAGCUCGACCUCGUUCAGGUGAAGGGCAAGUCCCAGCCCACCCGCAUCUACGAGGUCAUGGGCAUCAGUGACGAGGAGGUGUUCAACGAGGAGCACCUCGUCAACCCUUUGAGGGCCUGCGGCGACUCCAUGACGGCGUCCACCAUCGGCAUGAAGAAGCUGGACGACCUCCGGUGGAACCCCCUCAAGCACAUGGCCAGAAGGUUCUCCAUGAAAUUCAGCGACCCCACCGAGUCCAAGAUAUCCAACAGUCCAUCUGUGAGCCCAAGACCAAGAGAUAGGGAGCCGACGGAGAGCCCCGUGAGCACGAGGCAGCCGACCCUCUCGCCAAGAGCCCCAAGUCCACCAGCAAGGGCUAUCUCGCUAGGUGACUCCUGGUCCUUCUUGGAUGCGAGGAGCCGCUUUGGCGAGUGCGCCGGGAGCGAGGCCGUCCCCGAGCACGUGCGCCAGAAGGCAUCCCGCUACGAGGACGCUUUGUGCGCGUACCAGCAGGGGCUCUUCGAGGAGGCGCGCCACAAGGCUCUCCGGCUGAAGAGCGACUGGCCCGACGACGAGGCCACCAGAAUCUUGCUCGAGCAGGUCAGCAAGUUCCUCGGCCCGGAUGGCAAGGUCUGUGGGCUCACUGACGAGGAGCUGUUGUCGUGGACCGGAGUGACGGUUCUCAGUAAUAAGUAG